GCCCCCCUCUCUUGCUCCACCCACCUCCAAAGCGAACACACAUCAACAUCAUUUUGCUUUCUGCUGGUUCUGCACAUUCGAAAACAGUCACCGACCGGCGUGGUGCUUUGAAAUUUGCAAAAAGUCAAAAACUUUGCCAAAUUUUGCUUGAGAAGCUCAGAGAUUACAAAAUGGCAAAGUGCCCAGGCAUGGAUUUUGACUUCAUUCGACCUGACCAGCCCAGCAGGUGCACCUGGACCAGAGAUGCUGACCCAUCUACCUCUCCUCACACGAAGCGCACAGUCCUGGACAGAGAUCAAGUUCUUCCUAACAUUUUACAUGCCAUUGGAAAAACUCCUCUCGUUAAGCUCAACCACAUCCCAAAGUCUUUCGGCAUCAAGUGUGAAAUGUAUGCAAAAUGCGAGUUCAUGAAUCCUGGAGGCAGCGUCAAGGACCGUAUCGGUUUCCGCAUGGUGGAGGACGCCGAAGAAAAGGGCCUUUUGAAACCUGGUUCAACCCUGAUCGAGCCCACUUCUGGAAACACGGGUAUAGGCCUGGCUAUGGCAGCCGCCGUCAAGGGCUACAGGUGCAUCAUCGUGAUGCCUGAGAAGAUGAGCAAUGAAAAGGUCGACACCCUGAGGUGCCUGGGCGCCGAGAUCAUCCGCACUCCGACUGCUGCUGCUUUCGAUUCACCCGAAGGACUUAUUGCAGUUGCUCAGAAAUUGAGCAAGACGAUUCCAAACUCGAUUGUCCUUGAUCAGUACCGCAAUUCUGGCAACCCGCUUGCCCAUUACGACACCACAAUCGCAGAAAUCCUCUCUCAAACCAAGAACAAUGUUGAUAUGAUCGUGGCCUCUGCUGGCACUGGUGGCACCAUUUCUGGAAUUGGACGCAAGUUGAAGGAAAGUUGCCCGAAAUGUGUUCUGGUGGGAGUCGACCCCAUGGGCUCCAUCCUCGCAGAGCCCGAGACUCUGAACAAGUCUGACGUUACUUUCUACGAAGUUGAGGGAAUUGGCUAUGAUUUCAUUCCUACUGUGCUGGACCGCUCCGUUGUGGAUACUUGGGAGAAAACUGUUGACAAGGAGUCUUUGAUCAUGGCCCGCCGUUUGAUCCGCGAAGAGGGCCUUCUUAGUGGUGGAAGCAGUGGUGCAGUGAUGGCUGCUGCUCUGAAAGCCGCCAAGGAUUUGAAGGAGGGACAGCACUGUGUGGUGCUACUGCCCGACGGAAUCCGCAAUUACAUGACCAAGAUGGUCAGCGACUCUUGGAUGAUUGCUCGGGACUUUUUCACUGACUCGCCUGAAAAAGCUCCUUGGUGGUGGAACAACCCAGUUUCCAGCCUGAAGCUCGGAGCGCCUCUGACUAUCUUGCCAAAUGUGUCUGUGCAGGAGGCAAUGGACAUUUUAAAGAAGGAAGGAUUUGAUCAGCUGCCUGUCGUCGAUGACAAUGGUGCUAUUCUUGGUGUUGUGUCCACUGGAAACAUGAUGACCCGACUGGUCAACCACAAAAUCAAGCCCGAAGACAAGGUCGCUUCCAUUCUGUAUCGCCAGUUCCGAAAAAUCAAGGCCGACACGAUUCUAGGCCGCGUGUCACACAUUCUGGAAAAAGAUCCGUUUGCUUUGGUGGUUGAUGACAAGGAUGUCAUCAUUGCGAUUGUGUCGCCAGUUGAUGUGCUCAGCUACAUUACAAGCUCAUCAGACAGCGCGGCUGCUGCUGUUGCCAAGGCUUCCAUUUAAAUGGCAAAAAAAUCUUGAUCAAUAAUGCAAACGUACUCAAUUUCACAAAAUAUUUACUAGUUUCUAAAGUAAGCAUUUAUGGAAGUCAAUUAUAAUGAUUAUGGUGCUGUACUUUGAGAUGCAGAAUGCAAUUCAAACAUCUCAUUUUUUUGGAAUACUUCUUUAUGAUGACCUAAAAUUUUGAUAUUAUUGGAUAUUAUUAUUUUGUAAAACACUAAAUAACCAAUUUUCACAAAAAAUACCAAAUAAGCUGAGAAGAAGAUCAAUAAGAUAAAUCUGAUUAAAUUUAGAAUCUGUGCAAUUUAUUGGUUGUGCUAUUUUCACUUUC